ACCACUCGUUCUCCCUUGUCCCUGACAUAAGGACAAUACCUGGAACUGCGCUCACAGUGAAGUCCCACCGUGGGCGCGGACUUCGGUUCCCGCGGACCCCGGUCGCUUUGACGGGGUCGGUUGCUCAAUCGCUGCCGCCUGCGGCGGAGGACAGGCUCAGGAGGCUGGGGUCUCCGAGGCCUCUGGCCACCCUGCUCCUGCGCAGCCGGGCGCCAGCGCCUCCCCGCGGUGUUUACCGUUGCCCGAGGAGACGCGUCCGCGCCACCCGCCUGCUCCGCGCUCCGCCGCGCUCGGGGUGUCCGGGGACCUGCCAUGAGCCGCCGUGGCUUCUCGGGCUCCAGGAGCCUGGACGCGACCCGCCCCACCGCGUCGCCCGCGCCCGAGGUACAGUCCCAGCUGCCGCCGCGCGCCGAGGGGCCCCGACCCAGCGACCGGCGGCACGCACGCCGCACCUCCGCGCCCCUUUCCUCCCGAGCGUGGGUAGCCUCGGAGCAGCUCGGUCCCCGCGUGGGCAGUGGACCGGGGUGGCCGGAUCAUCACAGAAAUGACGCGCAGGAAACUCACAAUCAUUCUUUGGAAGUCCCUGUCACUCGGGAGCAAUUAAACCAUUAUCGGAAUGUGGCUGAGAAUGUUCGAAGUGAACUUGCCGCAACUUUGGUCAAAUUUGAAUCAGCUCAGUCUGAGCUUCGAGAACUGCACUCCAAGAUGCUUUCUAAAGAAGUUUCCUGUCAAGAGCUGAAGGCCGAAAUGGAGAAUUACAAAGAAAACAAUGCCAGAAAAUCAUCUCUCCUCACCUCUUUGAGGGACAGAGUUCAAGAGCUAGAAGAAGAAUCAGCAGCACUUUUUGCUUCUAAAAUCAGAACAGAGCUCACAGCUCACACUGCAAUCAAGGAGAAUCAGGAGUUAAUGAAGAAAGUUGCUGAACUAGAGGAGAAAUUACAACAAUGUUCAGAGGAAAAUGAGGAAAACAAAAGACAAGCCUCAAAGCAUAGCAGGAAACAUGAAGAAUUUCUAAUUCAACUUCGUGACUCCUUGGAUCCAGACAAGAGGAGUGAGAUGGCAUCGGAGGAAGAUUUAAUUUUAAAGCUUAGAGAGCUGUGCAAGGAAAAUGCAUUCUCGAAAGAACAAAUUGUUACUCUUGAAGAGACUGUAAAUGUCCAUGAGAUGGAGGCAAAAGCUAACAGAGAGACGAUCAUGAGGCUGGCUUCAGAAGUCAACAGAGAGCAGAGAAAAACUGCCUCUUGGAAGGAAGAGAAAGACAAGCUGAACCAGGACUUGCUCAGUGCGGUAGAGGCCAAAGAAGCUCUUGAGAGGGAAGUUAAGAUCUUCCAAGAAAGGUUGCUCGCGGGCCAGCGGGCCUGGGAUGCCUCGAAGCAGGAGCUGAGCCUCCUGAAGGAAAGCUCUUGUGAAUUGGAGAAGAGUUUGAAGGUCAGUCGUGAGGUGGCCACCGCCUCAGAAAACCAGAGCGCCUCGUUUAGGGAGAAGGUCUCAGGCCUCCUCUCGGGCAGAUGGGGCCCAACGGGGUCCACGGAGGAUGCCAUUUUGGAGCGGAUUCAAGAAAUGAGCAGCCAGGAAGAGAGCCUGAGAAGGAUGGCCUCCCAGCUUGAAGCCCAAAGAGCAGAGCUUGUGGAACAGUUGGGAAAGGCAUCUGAGGCUCACCAGAAAGCUCUCCAGAGAGCCCAGAAGGCAGAAGACAAGUCGGAGACUCUCCAGAGUCAGCUGACACACCUGGAAGGAGAGCUGGUUUCUGCAGAUGUUUUACGAGACAACCUGAAUUUUGAGAAACAAAAAUAUCUUAAAUUUCUGGAUCAGCUUUCAGAGAAAAUGAAAUUGGACCGGAUGGCUGCUGAACUUGGCUUUGACAUGCGUCUGGAUAUAGUCUUAGCUCGUGUAGAGCAGCUAGUUCGCCUUGAGAGCAGCGCCGUCAUCGAAAACAAGACUAUUGCCCACAAUUUACAGAGAAAGCUAAAGACUCAGAAAGAAAGACUAGAGAGCAAAGAACUGCACAUGAGCCUCCUCCGGCAGAAAAUAGCCCAGCUGGAGGAAGAGAAGCAGGUGCGCUCAGCCCUGGCCAUGGAGAGGGACGAGGCCCAGCUCACCAUCAGGAAGUUGGAGAAGAAGGUGGAGAGGAUGCAGAAGGAGCUGAGUGUGUGUCGCGAAUCCAACUUGGAGCUCAAAGCCAAGCUGGCCGACACCAAUGAGCUCAAGAUUAAAACUUUGGAACAGACCAAAGCCAUCGAAGACUUAAAUAAAUCCAGAGACAAGCUGGAGAAGAUGAAGGAGAAAGUCGAGAAAAAACUCAUGUCCGUCAGGUCAGAAUUGGACACGGCAGAGCAUGGGGCUAAGGAGGAUAAGGAAAGGGCCAGACACAUGAUAGAAGCAGUGACUAGCGAGAUGAAGACCCUGAAAAGAUCUCUGGAUGAAGCAGAAAAGAGAGAAAAGCGGCUGGCGGACUUCAGGGAGGUAGUUUCCCAGAUGCUGGGCUUGAACAUGACCGCUCUUGCUCUUCCUGACUAUGAGAUCAUCAAGUGUCUUGAAAGACUGAUCCAUUUACAUCAGCAUCGCCUUGUUUCCUGUGCCUGCCUCAAAGACGUGACUCCCGGACAAGACAGGCACCCACAAGGGCACUCAAAACUUCUUCAUUGAAUGCUUGUCUCUAGAGGGAGGUGGAACUAAGAUAUCGCAAUUCCUACUUUCACAAAUUCCUCAAAUCUAUGAAAUGUGAUCAGUGUGUGAAUAUUGUGUACUUUGAUGAUGUAGUGAGGCUGCAUUAUUGGCAGAAAAGGGUCUCAAAAGUGCCAGCCCUAGACAAAUAGUUAUCACUGAAAACAUCUAUUAUUCCAUUUGCUAACACUUUGAGACCCAGAAUUAUUCCACUAGAUUGCAACCUAGACUGGGAAAUGGGAGUAGAGAAUUGACAUUGACAGGGUAUCUUUUUCAAUUGGGGGUUCACUAGCCAAUUUAAUUCUCAUAACCAUAUGGAGAAGCUUUCUUAAAAAUUAUUUUGAUAUAUAUUUUUAUUUGACACAUAGAAAUUACACCUAUUUAUGGGGUACAGGAUGACAUUUCAAUACACGUAUACAGUGUGUAAUCAUCAGAUCAUGGUAACAUGAGAACCUUUAAUACCUUUAUUUUACAACCUCUUAGGGGCUCAGAUUAUGUCCCCUGCCCAAAUUUGUAGCUGGUUAGUGAUGAGCCAGGAUGUGCAGUGUGUUGUCUCUGUGUCAGAGGUUGUGUCUCUUCUGUCCCACAGUCUCAGCUUCUCCUGAGUCUUAAGGGUAAAGAAAUUGCCAGCACAAAGAAAGGAAAACAUCCCUAAAAUCAAGAAUUGAAGUCCCAAAGUGACAGUGACGAGUAGAACCUGUAUGACUUUUUAAAAAAACAAUUCACUCAGUUUAUUUGGAUAAAACAUAGAUUUGGGGUUCAGAAAGACGCUUACCUGUUUUAAAUGUUACUGCCAGAUGCAAAAUUUUAAAUGUCUGAGCAGGGUUGAAUAUUUUCUAUACUCUCCAAAGAUAUUUUAAAUAGCAUCAUUUCAAAACUCUAAAUUUAUUAUUUUUCCAUGUUUGGCUUAUCAGUUCUUUUAAAGUAAAAAAAAUUAUGUGAACCCAACCUACAAAAUGGAGACAUUCUAUAGCUUUAUUCACUAAUAUACCAAAAAUACAGCUGGGAUAAUUUUUCAUGGUGGGGAUUUUAUUAUAAAUCUCUUAUCAAUUUCUGCUUUCUUUUGGAAUUUUUUUUUUUUUUUCUGGUACUGGGAUUGAACCCAGGGCCUCUCACCCAGAGCUACAUCUCCAGUCCUUUUAUUUUUAAUUUUGAGACAGGGUCUCUCUAAGUUGUCCAGCCUGGUCUCAAACUUACCAUUCUUCUACCUCAGCCCUCCCAGAUAGCUGGCAUUAGAGGUGCGUGUCAUGGCACCUAGUUUCUUCUAAAAUUUCUUCUGCACCAAUGUUUUUCAGAUUAAAGAGACCUAAUACUCUCUUGCAAAGGUUGAAGCUAGAUUAGAUCCUGGUGUCCAUAAAAAAGUAAAAGAACAUUCUUGCAACAUCAGGGAAACUUGAAUGUAGACUCAAUGCUGGAUGCCAUUUUUUUUUAAUUUUAAUUUUUUAAGCUUGAUAAAUGUACUGUGGAUUGCAAUACUUUCAGUAACUAAAAGUCCAAGAAUCCAUAGUACUACCCAAAAUAAGUGAUGAAAUAGGGGGAAAAGUGAAGAACUUCUUUUAAGAAAAUUACUAUCUGAUAAAUGUAGGGCAGAUGGUGAUCAAGCAGAGAGAAAAAAUAAAAUUUGCGAGUAAAUGAGUGACAUUUACAGGUUGGGUGACAGACACACAGAAGCAGAGUGACCUUGGCUCCGCUUGGUGCAAUGGGCCACCUCUGCCUGCUUUCUCCUUGGUGUGAAGGUGGCAUAAGUGGUGUUUUGUCAGUGGGUACACACAUGGUAGAGCCCUGCCUCAGGACACCAACUGGACCCGCACAAGGCCUGAGAGGCAGACUUGAAUGUUCUCAGAGGGAGCUGCAGUCUUUGGAGGCCCCUCUCAUUCUCCAAACAGGCAGUGGCGUCUACUUUGGAACCCACCCCUGCCCCCAGUGGAGGAAGUGGCUUCCCCCGGGUCCCUGGAGCAGGUACCCAUGAAUACAAUAUGGAUCUGUGUGUGUGUGUGUGUGUGUGUGUGUGUGUGUGUGUAGGAGGGCUGUUUUUGUACAUUUUGCUUUCCAAAUACAGUUUUUAAUAGAUUUUAUUUUGUUCCUUUAUAAAUUUAUUUUCUACACCAUUCAAAGAUCUUUUAAAACAUAAAUGUGUUUCCGUGAUUGAUUUAUCAUUAAAUAUAUAUUAGGAUUCACGUAAGAGGCUAAAAAUAGCCUAUAGUGGGUAGUAUUUUACUUUCUCAGUAGUAUAUGAAAUUAUACCAUUUAUCCAAAUAUGUUUACAUAGUAUUUCUACUGUAUGAAUGGGGGGUAUACAAUCAUGGUUAAUAUAUAAGGAAAUAUUUUAAUGUUUGAAUCUAAUCCCUAGAGACUUUUAGUGGAAAGGGUAAAUAGAAUAAGAAAAAGAAGUCCUGCCUAUUCAUAUGGUUCAUACAGUUGGUUGGACAAACUGCAAACCUGCUAGUGAAAAGCCAUUUCCUCUUUGUUAAAAUGGCAGUUGAUUAUUGCCAAUCCCUCAGGGCCACUCAUUCCAGAGUUGGCAGGCCAGCUUCUUGUUUUUAUGUGCGUUUUUGUUCAUCUAUAAUAUCCAUGUAUAUUUUAUGUUGUCCAAUAAAAUACAUUAGA